AUGUCAACUCUAGUUUCUUGCACAAGCAAUCCUAUAACUCAACUUACCACACUCUUUCAAGACUCCGCUUGGCAAUCGGCCUCAACCUUCUUCACAACAGACGAAACACAUUCGCAGUUAUCUUCCUUCCGUACACACUCGGCUCCCGAUUCAAGAGAUUGCUUCGAGUCCUCGUGGAAUAGUUUCACACAGGACUGGCAACAAUUCCGAGAGACAACUUGCACAAACGACAACGACGAAGAUGAAUUUAGACAAGAGUGGAGUAAUGAAAGUUUUACGCAAUUGUAUAUACAACGACAUGGCUUGGAUAAAAUAAGACAUAAUUAUGCCAACGUUAAUAUUAAUCAUAAUGUUAAUAAGAGGAUAUCUGCUAGAGGUGAAGACAAUGGAAUGACUUUUGCAGAUGAAUUCCUCUCCCUAGACUCUUCGACAACGUUGACGGAAGAAUUUAAGGCGUUCUUGUCAGAUACCACUUCUGAUAUUCUAUAUAGUGAUCUUUAUUCAGCGCACUUGUAUUUAUUGGACCAAUUCCUCUCUCAAUUGCUCGAUCAUGCCAUAGCAUCCACAUGUAAGCCUUCACCCUCAUCCGAAUGGAAUUUCACUAAAUUGUUCUGUUCCACUCGUUGGAAUACCAGAGAGGACGAAAGGACGCUUGAAGAAAAGUAUUUAGAGGGUGUGGCGACUGAUCGGUUGAGUAUGUUGUUGGGACAUUUAGGUAAAGGAGGAAAAAGUGAGUGGGCGGGUGAAUUUUGUAUGUCAUGA